CUUCGAAUUUCCUGCAAGAAACAAUUGUUGAUUUGAUGUUUCUUCGCAAAACCAGGUUUGCCAUAUUCACAUUUUAUUGAAACAAAGUAUUAAAAAUUAGUACUAGCUUUCUUAAGAGCUGCGUACUAGCACAAGUAACUUUAUCGCAGGAACGUUUCUGGACCGUUUCUUAAGCGUUUUUUUAUAUGAAGUUUUUACGUUUCUUGAGAGCUGCGUACUAAGCUUAAGAAAUGAACACUUACUUAUGUAUGUAUAUAUUUUCUUAGAUUACACUACAUACGUAAUACUAAACUGCAGCAUUAAUCAUGAAAUACAAUAAAAUAUUUAGGUACGUAUGUACGAAUAAUUUGUCUACAAUAUGUAUUUGGUAAUUUGCAUUUGGUAAUCAUGAAAUAAGUAGGUAGGUAAUAAGUUUAAUUUGGUUUAAAAUAUUUGGUAAUUGUCAUUUGACGUAAGCAACUUUUUCUCUUCAUUGCUGCUAUAUCACGAAUUCGUUUCAGUUGUAGUAGACUCACAGUAUCACUCUAGGGGUAUUCUCUCGCUCUUGCAAACCCCUUGCACGGUGCAAGAAUUGCAUAUAUUUCCUCUCGGUUCACCGGCACAAGAACAAACACACGCAGAAAAUUAUUUGCAAGGGCUGUAAAAUAUGUCAGACCAAAAACCAUGUAUAUUUGCGUGUAAUGUCAUGGAAAAAUAUAAUUGCAACCCUGUUUUAGCUGACAUUUUACAUAAAGUCAUAUAGCGUCGUUAAAUUGUCUCUUACGCUUUGGCAGGUUUAAAUAUGUAGACGUGACCCGCACGUCAGAGCGGAGUCACAAUUGCAAAUGAACUAAAACAAUAAUGAAACGCGCGGGGCAGCGGCAGCGACCCCACCUGCGCGAGCGGAAUAUGCAAGUUCCGACACGUUCAUGAUUCUAUAAUUUCUACGUAGGUACAUAUAAAUUGGUCGCGAUUGGUGGUCCGGAUAAUCGCGAAUCCGUAUAACUGAGGGCCGGAUAAACGAGUUUCUACUGUAUAAAUAUAAUAUACAUAAAUAUAUAGAAACAAGCUAAUAUGGAACGAUAAAACAGUUAAUCCUAAUAUUAGAAGAGAACUAAUAAGAAAUGUAAAGUUAGUUAGUCUUAAGAUUCACUUUAAUAAAGACGGUCGUGUGAACAAAAGGCCGAAGCUCUGUUUUUUUUUUCUAAACCAUAACUGGCGCAGUCGGGUAAACUUUGAUCAAAAGAUCAAAGAAUUCGAACAAUCGCAUUGCCGAAAAUAUAUUUAAAAAGAUUAAUUUAAAAAAAAUAAUCGAAAGUUUUAUGCCGAAAAAAAGAAAUCAAGAUUAAUGUUAGAAAUAAUUAAACGAUACAUAAAUCAGUGAAAUUAGUUAGAAAUAUAGAACAAAUAAAAGUGCAAAAAGUUUAAAAUGAAUACUAAAAUACAUAUUAAAAAAAAGAAAAAUGAGAAAAUAGUAAAAAAUUCUAUAAAAAUCGAAACAGAAGUGCAAAAAAUUUAAAAUAAAUAAUUAAAUAUACACAUCACUUGAAAAAUAUUAAGUAAAAAUAAAGCGUUAUAUAAAAAGCAUUAAAAUCUUAAAGAAAAAGAAAAGUGAAAUAAGUGCUAGAAGUGAUAAAAAAUUUAGAAAAAGUCGCAAGUCGUGCUAAAAAGUAUCACAAAAAAGUACAGUAUCGACAAAGCUAAAAUUGACAGCUUUCAACACACGUUAAAACAGUAACAACGGAAAUUGCGGUAUAUACAUAUAUACAUAUGUAUAUGUACAUAUAUAUAAAGCACAGUUUCGAAAAAAACAGUAAAAUAAUACUGUUUAAUAUAAAACAAAAUUGUCUAAAAAGUACAGUAUCGACAAAUAUACAUAUAUAUAAUAUAAAGCACAGUUUCGAAAAAAGCAACUACAUUUUUUAAACCGUUUUGUACCAAUCAACAAAACCAAUUCACAGUUCAAACAAAAAAAAUUUCACAUGGUAACAAAAUUAAAGCCAACUUUCGACAUAAAGUAGUAAAGCGUGCUACCUAUCCUAUUCUUCAUCAAUUUUUUUUUAUCGAAAAAAACGUUUUUUUCACAUUAUCUAAAAAUAUAUAUAUAUUAAAAAAAAAAUAAACUAAAACAAAAGCGAAAAAUAUUAAAACAAAAAAAGAAUUGAAAUAUUAAUAAUGUGUCAAAAUAUAUAUAUAUAUGAAUAUUGGGAAAAAAUAAAUAAAACAAAUGAUUUAAAACGAAAACGAAAAAAAAUAUAUUAAGAAAAAAAUUUAAAAUAUUUUUAUGAAAAUUAAACAAUUUAAGAAUUACAAAAAAAAGAACGAAAAAAAAAACAUUUAUAAAACAUAAAAAUCUAUACAGACAAUCGAAUAUAAUCAUCAAAAUAAAGCAAAACACGCCAAGUUAUACUGGUUAUAGUGAAAAUAUUGAAAACAGGGAAAAAAUAUUAAAUAUAUAUAUUAAUAAAAAUAAUAUUAACAUAUUAAUAAAAAAGAAAAAAAAAAGUAUUUCUAAAAGCAAGACUACAUACAGUUACGCGGAUAUAAUAAGGACAGCGGCAUACAAUUAACUAAGUUAAUGUGCACACAGAAAUAGAAACAAAAUACAAUUAAAAAAAGUUUCUAGAAUGUUUAAAAGAUUUACAAAUAAAAGGAGAAUACGUCUUUACUUUCUCACAACUGGUCCAAAAAGAAAUACUUCGCGGACCACAUCUUCAAACCACAACUAAAACGAUUUAUUUACAACUACUACAACAAUGGAGAAUCUAAACCAAACCAUCGCCGAGCUGGAGAGGAUUAUCGUAAGGCAGGAAGAAUUGCGACAAUACUACAACUACCAAUGAACCAACAACCACAAUUUUACAGAUUUCACAUGUCACCAAGGGACAUCAUGGACCAAAUCCGGAGAAUGAAAUGGAAUAUACAUAUUUGACCCUUUAAAACUGAAAAUUUAGAUAGGGAUCUUGUUGAUAUAAUGUUAGAGAAAAUCGAUUGCCCUAUAAGGGCACAUAUAACCGAAACGGAAACAUUAAAUGAUAUUAUCGUAAAAUAUUCAAAGUUAAAAUUGCUUCAGGACAAAAGAGCUACUGAUUAUAGACAUCGAAAAUAUGUCGAUAAAAACAAAGUAAAUUACGAAGGUUUCAAGAAAAAUUAUAGAUCUUAUGAACAUAAUAAAAUUUCAGACAAUAGACAAACCAAACCAACAAACGACAGUAGACAACAAAGCGGGAACAAUAAAAAUUACAAUUAAAUGUAAUACAAAUUUUAAUCGCAACAAUUACAACAAUCGGAAUAAUUACGAUUACGGGUAUAACAAUUCUACAAAUAAAAUACAACCAAAUUUACCGAGACAAACUAAAAGCUCUCACAUGAGCGUCAAUUACAAUUCAAGUACAAGUCGUUUGUCCAAUAAUUCAAAUUUGAUGGAAAUUGGCAUUGGUGAAGAAAAAGAAGUAAAUUUUUUAACACCGCCUCAAACCCUCAACUCCCUAUAAUAACAGUAACAAUAGGAAAUCACAGAAUUAAAUGCCUAAUAGACACAGGUUCAACAACUAGCAUUAUAAAACCAAACGCUCUAUUAGAAAAUUUUCAGAAGGAAAAACUUUCCAAACCGUUAUGCUAUGGAACUAUCAACGGAAUUAAUGAAAUAAAAUAUAAAAUUGUAACACAAAUUUGCGCACUCGAUAAACUUUCUUUUACGCAUGAAAUCAAAUAUCAAAUUAAUACAACAAACGAUAGACCCAUUUAUUCGAAAAUUUGUAGGUAUCUACAAGUUCACGAAUUAGAAAUACAAAAACAAAUAAAAGAAACGUUCGAACAUAAUAUAAUUAGAGAAAGCAAAAGCCCUUUGUGGAUAGUUCCCAAAGAAGCGGAUGCAGACAGAAAUAAAAAAUUGCGUAUCGUAGUCGAUUACAGGAGAUUAAACGAAAUUACUAUUAGCGAUAAAUUCCCGACACCUUAUAUCGAUGGUAUCAUGGAUAAACUAGAAAGAGCACAAUAUUUUUCCUCUAUCGAUCUCGCGAAAGGAUUUCCUCUAUUUUUUCUGAGCUGGUAAGCGUUUCUACCAGUAUCGAUCAUGAAAGAUAUGUAGUGAUGAUCACUGCCAGUGUAAUCCUCCAGGACUAUCCAAUUAUUUAUUGAGCCUGCCAUGCGUUCUUUUGAUAGGGUGAUGUCUGGUGUGGUUUCCUCUCAUCACGGCCUUCUGAACGUGGUUGCAUUUCUCGUGUGGAGCACUAUUAGACCUAGCCGCGCAGCCUUUUUAAAAUUCGUUUUGCUCUCGAGUCAGUGUUUGGCAAACCCCACUACGGCUCUGGAGUUUAGGUCUCCGGCGAUAACUGUUCCUGUAUACUAUCGCAUGGCGUCAAGUAGCAGCUAAUUACUGUAAAAAUGUUGCACUUGGCCCAGACGAAACCGUUGCCGUUCCCAUUGCUUACCGUGGUGGCGUUACUCCCUGGUAGUAACCAUAUAGCGGCGGUUGAGCUGCUAUCUUCUAGCCAUGUAUUUACCUCUCUCUUUCUUUUUGUAUUGCCCGCUUAUAAUGAUUAUCUCGUAGUCGUUUUCCAUCACCAUUUGCGAGAGUAGUGGGUCAGCGGCCUUGCAUUUAUGCAUGUUGGCUUGUAGGAUCUUUUUCUGUUUCGGUAGUUCCUAUAUACCGAACAUUUUGCGGAGUCCGGGAUGUGAUCGGCUUUUUCGUGUUUAGCCUCUUCGCAAAGGCAGCAUGAAGGAGGCUUUGUGCACUCUUUCAAUUUGUGCCCUGGUUGGCCGCAUUUUAUGCAGACACCUUGUCCUCUUCUGUCGGGCCCUUUGCAGUCCCAGAUUAAAUGCCCUGGUCCAAAGCACCGGAAGCACCUUUUGGGGGUUUCUUUUAGCCGCCGCCUGCAAUUAACCCGUCCAAUUUUGAUGCGUGCCUGUCGCAUCAGUGUGUCUGCCCUAUCUUGGUCCAGCGUUAUGUAUGCCCUUACCUGCUCUCUUGUGUUAGGAGCUGUUAUAUUAAUUGAUAAGUCUUCAGUGGGGUCCUGUAGCGCUUCUUUGACAGCCACUGCAACUUCCUCUUUUGUUGUGAGCGAGUCGAGGUCUCUGAUUUCUAUGGUAGACUUAGUUUUAAGGUCGGCGACAGUUGCAGUCUCUUUAAGUGUGGACUUGAGUGCCUCACAGAAGCUGGCCUUUGUGGACCGUCCCUUCUCUGGCUCUAGUAAAAGGGCCCGGCUCUUGUUUUGCGAAUGCCCUUGAUCUUGACCUCUGCUUUUUUUAGAUCUACCUUACUACGGAUAUUCUUGAGGACUUCGGCGUAGCUAUUCCCUUCUGCUGGUUUUAUUAUAACGGCCUCUGUUUGUCCUUUAGGCCUAUUAUUUGCUUUCUGGCUUGCAACCGUGUUGCUGAUUUGUUGUCUCUUUUUUGCGUUUUUGGGCGCUUCUUCGCCCGUUCCUUCGUUUGCGUGGGUCUUUCUUGGCUUUUUAGGCAAAACUUUUUGCCACUGGCCGUCGUUUUUGCACUGUUUCUCGUGGCUCCACAGGGCUUGUCGCACGGCCCUUCGAGGUUGUUGACUCGGGGGUCGUGAUGCGUCUGCUUAGAUGUGCUCGCCUUUUUUCGUUUUCUGCAGUGAGCCAGUUUCUGCGGUAGCUCUUUAUGACGUCGAAGAGUUCGACUAGCUGUGCCGUUCCAUUCUUGAUGUCCAUGCUGACGUUCUUCUGUUUUGCCAUCGCCAACUUCAUUUUUUUCGUUAUACUCUUGCACUUUUCUAGGGAUUCCUCUUCUGCCCGUCUCAUUUGGGUGAUGUACUCUUGUUUCGGCGAGCUUUGGCAGCUGGGGUGCUCUUCCCUUCUCCUUGUUUUGCCGGUGCCUGCUUGUGUGACCGGAGUCUCUCUUGUGACUGUCUUUUCUCCAUUUUCGUCUGGUUGUUUUGGAGUGGCGAUGAGUACGGGGGAUCUGAGUACCCUACUGCUUCUACGGAAGACUGUCCCGUACUCCUCUUCUUGGCCAUCUUUGUUCUGUUGUUCUUUUUGUUGGGGUUUUUGUUGUUGUUGCGGUGUGUUCUUUUUUUCUAUUGGGUCUCCGCCUCAAGCCGCUAUCUUCGCACGUUGUAAUAGUCGCCCUUAAUGAACCCCGUGGUUAUCUAUGAAAUCCGGGAGGCCACGAGAGGGUUGACACAAAUCCUUAUGGGAGCUUAUGUUCAGAGCCAGGUUCGGGCAGGAAUCAGGAGCUCGUCUCAACUGAACCUGUACGGCCAAGGAAAUUUGGGCGACGUGCAUUGAACGUACUUGAAGACCUGCCAUGGUUUUAACGAGACGGAGGUGAGAGCAGUAUUAACUUGCCAGCCAUUUCGAUAAGAUAUCACUCCUAUCUACUGAGGUGACAGAAUAGUGCCCUCCCCAGCCCUUUGUCAAUCUGACCCGUAUCGGUUUUCCAGUACACCAUAAUCAGAAUUUUACUGGUCUCAAUUCUGACGGGCUUUUGCCCAGGCUUGUUCGUCGUCUUCUGUUCCCUUGUUGCUUUGUUGCCUUCCUCUCUUGGGUAGGUUCUCCUUCGGUGCAACCCCGGUGGGGGUUGUGGACGCUUAUUUUAAGGCGGCAUCUUCUCGCCUCUUCGCGGGGGUUCAUUUGGUGCGUGAGGCGUUUUGAGCCAAGCCCUCCUCUCCUGCAGCUCUUGGUGGGGGGCUGCGUAUUACUAUUCGCAGCUAACCUACUUAGCGUAGACCGUCCACUAUCCGCCAGCUGUGACCCCGGUAAUAGCCUGAGCUCUGCCUUACCUUGGGCCUUGUUGAUGGUCAUCGCAAAUGAUUAACGCACAAGAUAUUAUAAUCUUCGUAAUCGUAUCAAACAUACUUCACAUUCUGCUUAAGAAGUGAAUACGAGUAUCGUAUCUUCAAUCAAAUUUGGCAAUAACUUUUUCUCUGCCAAUAUGGUGCCAUAACACAGUUUUGGUGGAUUAAUAUUUCGCAAUAAUAUAAACAAAGGACCAACCAAAAUUCAAGCAGUGCGGUGGCAUACCAGCCAGUUCCGAUGAAUUUAAAAAUUCAAUUGGAUAAUUCAUUGCCUGAUCUUCAUUCAUAACACUAGCAAUUGAUUUAUAAAAAUAAAAUAAAAAAAACUACAUCUGGCAAUUUCACUUGAAUUUGAAAAUUGAUGGCUACCAAUGCCAUUCCUCGGUGCUAAAAUUACGCGCUCUCUCGACCAAUCAAGAUUUCUAUAAUUGUGAAGAGUUGUGUAUAUAUCUCCAAAGACCUGAUGACUUCAAACCGGCAUUUAUUUCAGUUAAAGAUUUUGAAGACUUCCUUCUCAAACUUGCGCUAGAAACCAGAGGCAAAUCACAAAUUAUAAUCGCAGGCGACUUCAAUGUGUGGUCGACCGCUUGGGGUAGUAAGCGCACAAACCAUCGUGGUUACGAUCUUGAAAAUACUUUUCAAAAGGGAAACAAAGGCUCCAUAAUCGACGUCAUGUUUGCCAACGACGCUUUUAUCAAGCGCAUUAAGUGGGCGAUGACGGACAUAUUUACAAAUAUUGACCACACACCUAUUUUUGCUGAAGUCUCAUAUGCCGAAGAAACGAAUCUGGAAACAAAAAUAUUUUGAUGCCGGACUUUUUGAGAUGGAGUUCAGCAAUUAUACAAGGCGAAGACGCCACACACUUGGUAUCUGUGUAGGACAGUACAUCACAACAACCGGAAGCCAGCGUAUUAGUGGAAUGAAGAAUUAGCUGGACUAAGAAAGCUCUGCAAUUCAGCUAGACGCCGCAUACAACGUAAUCAACGUGAAGAAAAUUAAAGCAGUCUGAGAAAAGCAAAGAAAAAGCUUCUGAAGUCAGCCAUUGGCCGCAGUAAAAAGAAGUGUUUUGAAAAACAUUGUGGGGAAGCAAACGAAGACCUCUGCGGAACAGAAAAAAAAAUCUGUAUGUCAAAAUUCAAAAAUAAGGCACAACAACCAAAAAGAGCAUCUUUUAUGAGAAAUGUCGUCGGAACUUUGUUUCCAAAGCACCACAUUAUUUCUUAUGCUAAGCCUCAAACCGAAGUCGUAGAGCCACCACUCCUCAUUAGUGAAGAAGAAAUAUUGGCCAUAGCCGGAACAAUUGACGCACUAUACGAUGUCGUUGACACUGCGACAUGCGCAGGAAGUGGUAAGCGAUGGAAAGGCGGAAAAAAAUAUUGUGCGCUGUUCACCCUGGAUGUGAAGAAUGCCUUCAACUCACAAAGUGGGCAAAGUUAAUCAAGGUUCAUUAUGACAUACUCUCUUCUAAAUAUCUUAUGGAAAUUAUUAUUCGUUAUUUUGAAAACAGGCAAGAGUUACUCUAUUUCGACUGGAGUACCGCAAGGCCCAAUACUAGGCCCCUUCUAUGGAACAUAAUGUAUGAUGGGGUGCUAAGGGGACACCAACCGAUAGCUAUUAAAUUAGUUGCAUACGCAGAGUAGUAGUAGUUGCAUAGUAGAGUAGUAGUAGUGGCUAAACAUCUCGAUGACCUCCGUAGCAAAUGCAAUGAGUGCGUAAACGGUUGAGCAAAAAACAGAAGUAUUGCUCAUAAGUACAAGAAAAGUGGAGAAAAGUAUAUCUUUCACCAUAGAAGAGUGCGAGAUUCAUUUACAGCCACACCUUAAAUAUCUGGGAGGAAUAGUACACUCAAGGCUCAAAUUAAAGGACCACCUAGAACACACUGCAGGUAAACGAAUAAAAUCCUGAAUGGCUUAUCAAGAAUGAUAGCAAAUAAAGGCUGCGUGCAUUCCAGUCGGCAUUUUUUACUCCAAAGGUAAUGAGAGCGGUUGUGUUAUAUGCGGAUCCAAUAUUGAUCCAGGCGCUGGGCAUCAAAGCAUAUGCGAGACAUACAUUUAAACACAGUGCACAGUCUGUCGACACUAAGAGUUAUCAAUGCUUUCCGAACAAUGUCAAGUGAUGCUGCUGAAGUAAUAGCCAGUAUGAUGCCCAUUGACAUCCAGGAUGACGAAUACGAGCGAGUAUACAAAUCUCCAAAACCAUCUAUAGGAGCCAAAUAACUAUGGGGUAUAAGUCUUUAACGUAGUUGUUCAACGUUUUUAAUGCAGUAGUCGGUAACUUGUUUUCUUUUAACUUUCGCUUCUGCCUAUAAUUUCACUACCAGGGAUAAAGUUCACCUUUGUUCAAUAAUGACGCUGUCGUUUGAAUCUUUCUAUGUCAAUACUUCCCUAGAAAAGCGUGUAUUGAAAUGAUAAAUGUACACUGAGAUCCUGUAGUAUUCUUCGCAAGUUUUCACGCAGAAAUUUUCGCGGUUUGUUUGUCGGCCGCAGAUUAUUGGUUUUUCUUCGUCAACAUUCAGUUCUUCAGAUCUACUUGAAAAUUUAAAGCAAUGGUCUAGAGGUGAUGUUAAUAAGACAAUAAAAAAAUUAAAUUUUUUGAAACCUGUAACCCAUGUAACAACUUAAAUAUUUCCGGGAGGCAUAGUUUCCUAUUUCUUUACCACAAACAGUUGUCGUAAAAAGGGGAAUGUGUAAUCUUCAGGUAGAACCCAGGGAUUUUGACGAGAAGCUUCUUCACGUGUUCACUUUAACAUCAGAAAUUUGCAAAUGAGUUGAGAUAUUCGAGGUAAAGAUACGUCACUGCGCAAAUUCUUCGUCUUCUCCUGCUGAAAGAAACUGUCUGCUUCAGCCAUGAUACUUGAGUUGUGAUGCUGCUGGAAAUGAACCAUGCAAAACUUUUUCAUCUUCUUGCACGUUUCCUAACAGUGCAUACAAAAGAAAAAAUAUAAGUAACUAGGAGCGACCCGCCCCGGCUUCGCACGGAUGCAAUGCUGAUGCUAAAGACAUUAGAGAAAAACUGUGAACAUUGCAGUGGAUGUUGUUGCAUACACAUAGCGGCUUCGCACGGGCACUCAACAUGACAUUUACACAAAUAUUCACAAUUUUUUGCGUCGAAUUUAAAAAAAAAUAUGAAAUUUAAUUCUUAUAUAUUAUUUAAGAUUUUUUUGUACUUUUUUCAUUGUUUUAUAUUUUUUUUUUGUUUUUGUUUUUGUAUUUUUUAUUAGUGUUUUUUAUAUUUUUUUACGUUUUAAUUUUUUUGUUUAAUACAUUUCUUUUAUUUGUUUUUUCUCAAUAUCAGGUUUUUUUGUUUAUAUUUUUAAUUAUUGCAAAGAGGUCAUAAUCCCAAAAGAAAAACCUUUUAUUGUGUUAGAGCUUCCCUAUGAACUAUAUUUGAUGUUGUUUUAUUCUGUGGCAACAAAAUAAAUUGAUUUUCAGGGGCUCCGACCCGCGAUAGUCCAACAUACAUUUGACCGUGAGUAAAACAUUUCUUUCGCAGGUCGAUCCCUACUAAUUCGAAGGUUUGACCUUGGGACUUGUUAAUCGUUAAUGCGAAACAUGUUUUUACCGGAAAUUGAAGCCGUUUAAAUGGGAUUGGCAGAUCAGUCGGGAUCAUCGGUAUCCUCGGUAUAUGAGCCAGUUGACCAGCUGCUGGGCCAGUAAUAAUAGUUGCUACAAUUAAAUUGUCCUUUAACUCUUUAAUAAGCAGCCUCGUCCCAUUACACAUGUUCGGAGGGCUUAAAUUUCUUAAAAGCAUUAUUGGGAUUCCGAUUUUUAGCGACAACUCAUGUGGUGGCAGUCCAGAAGGGUUCAACGAAUUUAAAAAUUCCUGUGGAUAAUGGACUGUGUCUUCGAUAUUAGUCACAUUGUCGAUUAAUUUGUAUGUUUUAAUUUGGCUGGAGACUUUUUGAACUAUUAGAUUGUUUAUUUCAUUAACAGUAUCAUUCUUAGGAGACACUAUAGCCCUAGAACAUAGCCAAUGAAAGUCCUUUUGGUGCAAAUUCUCGAUAUCAGGGAGUAUGGAGUAUUUGACCUAGGGACUCAUCCAGAAGAAUGUCACAAUGAUCGCUUAAAUUUGGAGUGGGAAAAAUUCCUUCUCCAAGUUUUAGCAGUUGUUGUGGGAAAUCGCUGUCAGUGAUUCCACGAACAUGAGCUCUCAUAUUCGUUCGUAAUUUCAAUGUUUCAAUUGAAGCCCAUAAGGGUGACGAUUUCAAGCAUGCCUUGAUGAUAUCUGCUCGCGUACCUCUGUUAAUAACGGGGAGAGUUUGUCGAAAAUCUCCCGCAAAAACAAAAGUAAUCCCGCCCAUGACUGCAGAGGAGUUCCUUAGAUCCUGUAAGGUUCUGUUCACGGCCUCUAUAUGUAAUCAAUGAGGCGUCUUGUAGUAAUUUACCAACAGAUUGUUGCUCAAGAUUUACAGAUAGCGGAAGUUUAAAAGUAGAAUGAGCAGUUUUUCCAUCCGUCAAGAGAGUUGCAGCAUUUCCUGAGGAAGCAACUGCUAUUGCUAUCUUCCCCGAUUCUCUUAUCUUAGCAAGUAUCAAAUUAGCAAGAAACGUCUUUCCUGUUCCACCGGGUGCAUCCAAAAAGAACACUUUUCUUUUGUCUUUAAUGACGCUAUCGACUAUAGUUUCAAAAGCAUCUCUUUGAUCUGGGACUAAUUUUGGUAGGUUUUCAUUAACAAAAGCGGUCAAAUUAUUUGUAUCAUAGCGAUUGGUCAUUGUCUCUGCUCCAUUAUUUUCUGUACGAACUGAACAUGGUAAUCCAAAGUCCCUUAGGCUUUUGUCAUUUAAUUGCAUCAGUUUAUUUUCUAUUUGUAUCAGACCUUGGUUGUAAAUUUCCGCAUUGUGUCUAAUAUCUUCACAUAAAUUGUCUUUGAAAAUGUCCCAUAAUUUUAAUGGUUCCGAUGGCUGACAAAAUAAAAGUAUGACUACAAACAAUUCUCUCAGUUUUUGUGAACAUUGAGAAAGCUCUCUUCUCUCAGAGUAUUUUCCCAAUGGUCAUCGUUUUCUAGCAAACCUCUAGCACGGCAAGCAGCUUGAUAUGUUUCUUUGAGAACUCCGUCAACGGUUUUCAAGUACUGGAAUGAGGUUGGGCCCCGUACGUGAUGUAGCAACAUCCUAAGAUAGAAACACUCGGAUUGAGAAGGAUGGACACAGUAGACUCUGCCUAAUGCUGCAUCUUUUUUUAUUCCUGGAUGGCCAACUACGUUCUCACCACGCUUCCUUCUUGUGAACUUAUUAUUGGCCCAUGUAUAGUAUUGCGGGACUUCGUGGUAUAGAAGUGUUUUUGCGAAUUCAUCUUCAUUACAUAGCUCAAAAAAAGCCAGCAAAGUUGGCUGUUCGAUAAAUAACCAACCUCAACGUGAAGCUAGCGGCACAUCUGAAAAAAAAGUUUCUACUUCAAAUUGCGCAUAUUAUAAUAGCUACUCGCCAAAAUUUCAGAAAUUUAUCUUGCGCAAUUAUCUGUUGACAGUCGUUUUUGUGAGUCUAUUUCGGUGAUUUCCCCAAAAUGGAAAAAAUUUAAUAUCGAGCUGUAAUUAAAUUUUUAUUUUUGAAAGGCAAUACGCCUUCACAAAUCAAAGAUGAGUUGGACUCUGUGUAUGGUGACUCUGCACCAUCGUUUACCACCGUAAAAUUUUGGGCAGCUGAAUUUAAACGUGGUCGCAGGAGCUUGGAAGAUGAUGAACGUCCUGGGCGUCCAAAAACUGUAACCACUAACGAUAACAUCGCUAAAGUUCAUCAAUUGGUACUAGACGACCGCCGGAUUAAAGUUAGGGAAAUAGCUGAGAUUAUGAAGAUGUCAAAAGAAACUGUUUGUCACAUAUUAAACCAAUAUUUGGGCAUGAGAAAGCUGUCCGCGCGUUGGGUGCCGCGUUUGCUUACGCUAGACCACAAACGUGCGCGCAUGAACAUUUCCAGCGCUCUGUUGGCUCAGUUUAGAGGCAAUAAGACCGAGUUUUGGCGACGAUUGAUAACUGUAGACGAAACUUGGAUUCAUCAUUAUACGCCCGAAACAAAAAUCUAAUCUAAACAGUGGAUUGAAAAGGGGGAACAGGACCCAAAAAAACCUAAAGUGAUGGCGAGUGUUUUUUUGGGACAGCCAUGGAAUUAUUUUUAUCGACUAUCUUGAAAAAGGAAAAACUAUAACAGGAGCUUACUACGCAUCAUUAUUAGACAAUCUAAAGGAAGAAAUUUCGAAAAAUCAGCCACAUUUGUAAAAAAAGAAAGUCUUGUUCCACCAAGACAACGCACCAUCUCACACCUCAACAGUCGCCAUGGCGAAAAUCCACGAAUUGCGGUUCGAACUGCUUGACUAUCCACCUUAUUCACCGGAUCUAGCACCAAGCGACUUUUUUUUGUUUCCUCAACUUAAAACUGCGCUCGGCGGCCAGAGAUUUUCGUCAAAUGAGCAGGCAAUCUCUUUCAUGAACUCGUAUUUUGCAGACAAAGACGCCAAGUACUAUUUGGAAGGGUUGCGGAGAUGGGAGCAUCGCUGGGCGAAGUGUGUGGAGUUACAAGGAGACUAUGUAGAAAAACAAAAAAAAAUUUUGAAAAAGUCUCGUGCAUCAUGGUUAGGUCGGUUAUUUAUCGGACAGCCCUCGUAUUCUGCCGUUUCUGCGGUAAAAUACACCCUUUGGCCAUUUUCUAAGUGAACAGCUAGCUGCAAGACUGUAGGAUGUCGCUCGUGGAUCGAAAAUUCCAAUAUUCGCCAGGCAGCUUCGGAAGUACUUAUGUAGCGGCCAUUCACGUAGUUUUCUACUUCAUCAUUUGGGUUUCUGACGCCAAAUGUGGCUUGAUCCGAUCCUUUAUUUAUGUAUUUACAAAUGUAUUUGAUGGCUUGAACUGAGUGACAGUACUCAACAUUUGUGUGAGCAUUGAACGUCCUGCACAAAAGUGGAGAAUAAGGGACAAUCCAGCUAUUAUCUAUAGUGAAAUUACUGCUUCUGAUAUUGAGCGAAGCGCUCUGACCUCCAUUUGCGGCAUCACGACGACGAUAUACUGGAUAUCCGUGAUCUCCGGUUUGAGUUUCGUUGACCAAACGUCGCGGGUAUUUUUUUGUGCAAAUUCCGUUUUUCAUACAUGUUGCUGUUAAGUUAUGUUCUCCGCAUGGUCCGUGCACCAUAUUUUUAGUUACGAUAUCGUACAAUAUUGGAUCGUUUUGUUAGUUGGGAAGUUCCGCAACUAUGACCCUAUCAAUUUCGUCUGGUUGGAUUUUUAUCUCUAGCCAAAACAGCAUAUGACAGUGUGGUAAACCUCGCUUCUGCCACUCCACACUCACCAUGUAACAUUUCACUUUGCCGAAUAUUUCAUCUUUGUUGAAUAAUUUUAUGAAUUUCUUCAUUUUUAAGUGAAACACCCUUGAAAUGAUGUCAUGACGAUCGAAAGAUCGCUGACCAGGUAGUAGUUCCGCUUUAAUUUCAGGCCAUUCAGGAUUGCACGUAAACGUGACAAAUAAGUCUGGUCUCCCGUAGUUUCGGACAUACGUCAUCGCGUCUUGUGUUUUUUCAUGCAGGUAACGUAGAGAACCUGUAAAUGAAGAUGGUAAGAUUACGCGCUGACCGAUAUUUGAUGGGUCAACAUUUCCUUCUUGAUUUAAAGCGUCUCUGAGAUGAAUGUAUUCUUCAGCCCUUAGUCUCUGUUGGUUACGACAUAUGUAAUUCAAUCGUUCCGAUAUCAUUUUUGCCAUCAUAUCGACAAUAUAUUGGCUAAAUAAGUCCCUGUAAUAAUGUAAUGGAUUAAAACUGUUUGCUCUAACCAUCAACCUGAAUGCAUAAAAUUGCAUGCACGUCACAGUUUUGUUACGCGCUGUACCUUCCUGUGGAAUGGUUAAAUAAUAACCGUCUUCUCCUUUAACGAACAUUAAGGGAUACUGUAGUGGAUCAUAUGAUCGAUGUAACUCGGAUACCAUUUUAAGUUGGCCGUCUCUUCCGUGCAGCACUAUGUCUCUGGGGCCUUUUUCUUCGUCAACCAAGAGAACAGCUACCUCGUUUACAGCUGGAGAAUUGUAUCUACCCGCGUGAGCAGUCUGCGGUGGGCGGUCGGAAAGAAUAAUUAGCUUUAAAUUAUCCGAAGAGUUGCGUUCAAUAUUUUGUUUAAAGCUUCGUAUAUAUACGUUGUGGCUUUUCAGUGCUGUCUGUAGUUCAUUAAUUAAAUCUAUUUUUAGCGUUGGAGCUAUGUUUGCCCUCAUCGAUAGCUGAUCUGCGUCUGAAAUAAAAUAUGUCUGUAAGCAUUUUGGAUUUUGGCCUGAUGGUGGUAAAAGGCUACCAAUAAGAUGAUAUACCUGGCCCUCUAUUUUGAAAGUUGGCAUAAAAUUACCUUCUCUUAUUUCUUUGGCGCCAAACGAAGUCAUUUGAAAAAUGCUAUUGUGCUUACGGAUGUUGGUUAGGAAAUGUCUAGAUAGCGAAUGAUUAUUUGUCAAAAGAUUUUUUAUUGGCUGUGGUGGUUCUUGAAUAUUGGGGAUAAUAACUUUUCCAGAAGCACAACACAUACCAUUAGUUUCAUCGACCCAUUUUUUGGCAGAACACUUAGGGCAAAUCUUAUUCAUGUCGCCGAUUUGGACGGAAGACUGUUGAGCAUAAUCAAUCUGUGGAUCGUAUUUAAAAGCCGAUCUGUUACUGUGAGCUACAACUCGAUUGCGAACUCUAGCUCUUGAAGUCUGUUGUCGUUCUCUCUGGUCUUGAAGGCGUUGGGAACGCUCAGAGCUUGAUUCCCUAGUGCGGGAUUGUAUACUUCUGAAAUUUUGCUCUUCAAGCCGCUGCAAACGCUCAGUACUUGACUCUCGCGCGUGCACAUGAGAAGUUCUUAAAUUUUGUUCAGCUAGGCGCUGCGAACGCUCAAGACUGGACUCCCGCGCGCGUCUUUGAGAGGUUCUCAUGUUUUGUUCAGCGAGCCGUUGCGAACGCUCGGUACUCGACUCUCUGGCACGCGAUUGCGCCACAUAUUCUCUCUGACUUAAAAGACGAUUUUCAGUUUCAGAUGAAGAUUCUUUGUUCCUGGCAUGGGAAUUAUUUCUAGAAAGUUGAGAUCUUGAUCUUUUGGGCAUUUUUUUUUUAAAUGAUAAAAGAAAAAAACGCCUUUAAACUAAUCUUUGAGGUUCUUACAACUACCUACUAUAACAACAUACAAAACUACAACCUAUUUAUUAAAAUUAAAUCAUAAAACUUAUUCAAUUCAUUCCUUAGGAUAACUAAAUGUACAAUAUCUGUGCUAUAUAUAUGGGUCUAGAUCUGAAAAGAACUUUUUGAAUGGGUUUAGUUACCUAAUAAACGAAGUAUUAUCAAGCGACAAAAUAUUAUCAAGCGACAAUUUUUUUUAAUUCCGCACACGACCAUUCAGUAGGGAGCCGACCGCGCGAGUGAUCUUAACCAAAGAAUGUAUAAUAACACUGCAUAUACAUAUAAUACAUAUGUACAUUAUUGCAACAUUGAGAUCAACAUUCUCAUUGAAAUCAGUAUUCUCAUUUCACCUAUUCUUAUUUUGGCGCAAUUUCACCCAAUCCAGGGCAUUGAAUUUUUGCAUUCAUAUUGACAUUGACAUUUUUCAUGUUCUUUAUUAAUGUGGUGUAGUUUGUCGUGUUCCUUCAUAAAGUGGUGGAAAAUUUGGGUAGAGGAGUAUAUAUCGCUUUUAUUGUACGUAUACCACAAAAAAUUCUCUACUUCCAAAGUUGGCUUUGGUGCUGUGUGCUUAGCUGAUCAACAUUUUGCAACUCCAAAUAUUUUGUUCGGGUUCAAAGCCUACAUGCACUUCUAAAAUAUGUAUAUAUUUUUUGACUUUUUUGUUUUUUUAUUUCCAUUUUAAUUACUAUUUAUUUGAUUAUUUGCCCUAUAAUUAUUUUUUUGUAAUACACAUUAUUUAAAUUUUCCCUUAUGCGCAUUAUCAAAGAACAUCUGCGUGGGCAAUUUCUAUAGAGUUGUAGGUGUAGUUUCUCUGAUACAUUUUCUGUUCUCAUGUUCCUUUAUAUCGUGGUGCACGCAAUUGGCAAGUUCCCUUAUAGAGUGGUAAACAUUGGCUUGCUUCCCCUUUUGAAUGGUGUGUUCCUUCAUACUGUUCGAAAUUUUUUCGAUUACUCUUCGAAAUUUUUUCGAUGUUCCCUAAUGUCAAAUAACAUUUUAGCACAGCUAACAUUUGCUCCUUCUUAUUAUUAUAGUUACAUACAUUCUUUGUCUUAACCCUGACGCCUACAACUCUACAACGCAUAGUUCGCCGCCGAGCGACUUUUAAAAAUUUUUAACUCGUGAUAUCUUUUGAAUGGAAUGUCAGAAUCUAAUAAUUCAAAAAGUUUUAUAAAGGUUUUGUAGCGAUCUUAAAUAAUAAAUCAUUUAUUUCGAUAAGGAUCAAUACUAAGGUAUAAAUAAAGAGCCUUUUCAAGUAGUGGUAUUUUAAUUAAUUUUUUUAUAUAAAAUCGCUUAUUGUGACAAAACUAUAAUAGUUAGAGGUAUGUACGUUUUUUGUAGAUAAUGAUAAGUUCUACAAAAUUGUAGUACAUCACUUUGUUAUAUCUUCAAUUGUUUUCGCAGCAUUCGCGAUUAAAGAAAGUUUUUUGGUAUUUUUUUUACAUUAUCGGAGUUUUGGUAAGGAACCCUAUUUUUUUUUAACUAAAUAUAGCCUAUGUCACUCAGGGAUAGUAUAGCUUUCCAACGGUGAAAGAAUUUUUCAAAUCGGUUCAGUAGUUUCGGAGCCUAUUCGAAACAAACAAACAAACAAACAAAAAACAAACAUUUCCUCUUUAUAAUAUUAGUAUAGAUUACCAUUUCAGUGUUCAUUGAUUUUGAUAUUGUUGUUUCUUCAAGAUAAGUUUUCACUGCAAAAAACACGCCCUGUCAGCUUUUGCCUUUUCUAUGUUGGAAAACUUGGAGGAUAAAACGCGAAGAAUAUAUCAUUCGAAUGCAGCAUCUUUUUCAAGUUCUCUAUCAAGCCUCGUAGUUUCAUAUUUAGCACUUUCAGUUACGGAGCAUGCGUUGCUACAAUUUGUAACUACAGUGGUAUCUUAGCAUUGUUUAUUAUAUUCAAACUUGGAAACGGUCUUUAAUUUUGUUUCUGAAUUAAAAUGGCAAAUUUCUUGAUUAUAUUUCUGUUCCUUUACUAAAUUAGAAAUGGGGGACAUUCCCUGAAUCCGGGAGUAGUAUAAAUUUAAACAAUUCAAGACUCAACGUUUGGAUGAAUGCACUCAACAAUAUGUUUAACAAGUGCAAUCGAACAUUAUACUCCCUUGCAACUUACAAGAAUCAAAGCCAGGGAAAUACUUUAAGGUGUAAAACCAAUCACAUAUGUAUAUAGAAUGAAGUAAGCUGGGUGUUCUAAAAUAAUGAUAUUAGUUAUAUAGGGACUAGGCCAAGUUUUCGCUCAAAUAUAUCUAUUCUCAGCACAAAGAUACACUGCUAUCAAUGAAACAUGCUCACUUACAAGGUGUGUUCCAAAGUAAGAAAGACUUAAAAAAAUAACCUUACAAACGGUAAAAUCUAUUUAUUUUAUUCAAAAUAGUCUCCUUCUGCUUCAAUACAGCUUUUGCACUGUCCAAAAGCAUGUUAAACGAGUAUUUCGGCUCAUUGGUAUAGCCGCCAGUAAGCCAGUGCAAGCCUUUUGUAUAGCCUCUACGUCACUUUCCUUUCAUGGGCAAAUGCAUUUUUCCGAAAAGGAAGAAAUCGCACGGUGCCAUAUCUGGUGAAUGGUCAAAACGUGGUUUUUGUCAAAUAAUCAGUAUCGAAUGUUGGAUUCUGAGCAAUUUUUGGUCGUCCGUCAAUUUGUGCGGAACAAACCGUGCACACACCUUUCGUAAGCCCAAAUGUUCAGUCAGAAGGCGAUAAAUCGAUGUUUUGUAGAUGUUCAAUUGCAUUUCCUUGAAUUUCAAUGAUGAUUUUGGCUGAUUUUUGAUGAAGGCACAGUUUCGAUGGAAUUUCCGAUGAUCACAAAUUUUAAUUGGCCCACAUGUGGAUCGUCAUUUAUGUCCUCACGACCACUUUUGAAACGUUGAAACCACUCGUGCACUCUGCUAGGGAAUAGGCAAUCAUCGCCAUAAACUUGUUUGAUCAAUUGAAACGUUUCGGUAAAAGUUUUAUCAUUUUUAAAACAAAAUUUAAUGUUGGCUCUUUGUUCGAAGCUCAUUUUCGCACCAAUAACAUAAACACACUGACACUUAAAACGCAAUAACUUCACUUCCAGUCAAUUAAAUGUCAUGAAAUUCUUGCUGGACAAUCGAUAAAGAUAGCAGAUUCUGACGCACUAGUCGGCAUAUAGAUGGCGCCACCAGGGCGCUCUAGAUUCCUGUUUACUCUGGAACGCACCUUGUAUUUUCAUUAUGAUAACUCAAAAAUUGGGCGAUUUAAUGCGGUACAAAGUCACUCCAAAAUUCGAAAAUCCUUAUAUUGAGUUUAUGGGGACUGAGGGAAGUAAUAGUUUGAUUCAACCAAUUUUAUACACACAUAUACCAAUAUAAAAGAUGGAUUAAUCCCUUAAUUUUAGUUGUAUGUAUAUAUCACACACUGACCGACAUUUUCGAUCAAAAUUCAAAUGUAGGUACUGGGGACUAAAUAUUCGAUAUUAGUGCAAAACUUCAUCCCGUUAUACUAAUGCUUUUUGAUUUGUGUAUUGGAAACUGAACGAAUCAAAUGGAAUUUAAAAUUGUGCUAUAUGGGAAGUAGGCGUGGUUAUGUCCGAUUUUGCUCAUUUCACAACGUGACAUAAGAAUAUAAAAAAAAAUGCCACGUACCAAAUUUUGUCGAAAUCGGUAAGUGGGGUCCCGAGAUAUUGGAUUUCAUCCAAAAUUGGGGGCCACGCCCAUCGUUCAAUUUUCACUCAUUGCUACUGCGAUACUCUGUACUAAAUUACAGUUUUAUUAUCUUAUUAUCUUAAUUUAUCUUAUCUUAAUUUAUGUGUUUUCGGUUACUGGUUACUGUUUCUGGUUACUGGUUUGUGGGCGUGGCAGUGGUCCGAUUACGCCCAUCUACGAACUGGAAUAUUUUUUUGUACUAAGAAACCCACAAACCAAGUUUCAUCUAGAUAUCUCAAUUUAUACUCAAGUUACAGCUUGCACAGACAGACGGGCGUACGGAUAGACAGACAGUCAACCGGAUUUCAACUUUUCUCGUUAUCCUGAUCGUUUAUAUAUAUAUAACCCUAUAUCUAUCUUGCUUAGUUUAAGGUACAACCGUUAGGUGAACCAAACUAUUAUACUCUGCAGCAACUGGAUGCAAGAGAUAAAAAGAAAAACACGAAGCAAUAAUUAUCGCUGAUAAAUUGCUUUAAUAGAAGCACUUCCGCAAUGAAAUGACCGCAUAAAUCGCAUAACAACAUGACAAUUUGACAGCUCAAUCUUAAAAAAAUUUCAAUUUGACACAAACAUUCAUUAUUAAUAUUUAUUGAAUUCAUUUGUUACAAAAACAGGAUAAAUGAAGAACCGCUCAACCGAUUUUGUGUAAACUCCUCAUAAAAAAUCUAAAAAAUAGCCCGAACAAAGCAAAAACGUUUGGGUUAGAUAGGUUAGCUCGUUCCUAAGUCAUAAAAUUACAAUGAGAAUUGGCACUAAUUUUUAUAUAUUGGGUGGCGCAGAAGUUAUCCUCCUAUCAGAAGAUGCUAUAAAUUUUGCAAAUGACCUCUAAUGUCAGUUCUGUUUUGACAUUUGUGUAGUUAACACAUGCGAAAUACACGUAAAUAAACAAUGGUACGCUACACUGGGUGCCACAACCGAUAUGCUGAAGGAUGCAUUUCCCGGGCGCCUAUUUCCCGCCCGUUUCUUCUCCUUCCCGCUGCUUGGCGCCAAUUGAGAUUCUAAGCGAAGCCAGGUCUUUCUUCAACUGGUUUUUCCAAAAGAGUGGAAGUCUUCAUAUUCGUCUUCUUUUGCCGCCGGUUACUGCGUCAAAUACUUUCUGGGCUGAAGCGUUUUUGUCUGUUCGGACGACAUGACCUAGUCAGCGUCCAUGUCGUCGUUUGAUUCAUACAGCUCAUCUUUCGGGUUCGCCUUCUCCUGGCGUUAUGUUUUCACUGCCACUCAGCAGGCUGGAGAAGUAUUCUCUCCAACUUUUAGUAUGCUCUGGGCAUUGGGCACAAGAUCACCUCUGGGGGUUCUACAAGAGUAUGCUUCAGUCUUGAAAUCUUCCGUUAGGCGUGGGCGCAAAUUAGCGAUAUGUUGAAGAACUUCGUUUUUUUGCGGAUUGUAGCUAGACGUUCAUCCACAGGGGUGAAUGCCAGAAUUUGCCGGCGUGGUCUCUAUUCCAUCGCCAAUCACACAGAAAUUUUCACUGCUUUAUAUGGACACUGUAGUAAAUGCCGCAAGGAUCUACAAGUCUCAGUCCUUGUCCCAUACAUCGCAUUAUUGGAUGGCGGUGAUGUGAGCCUUUACUUUUACGAAGACAUAAACUAUCUGAUUAGUGGCAGCUUCCCAAUUUAAAUUCAAGAAAUAAUAAAAUAAUGGUUAUGUCAUAUUGAAUCAUGUUAUAACUCAUUAAUCGAAACAAAGUUGAGCGUGUCGGUCGUGCGAAGGUUUUAAAGCAGAUUAUUAAAAAAUAAUUAUAAUACUUAGAAGAUAAAUUAAAAAAAAAUAAUAAUAAAAAAAUAAUAAUUACACAGUUUUACGAACAAAUAGUGAAAUAAAAAAAAAAAAUAAAAAUUAAAAAAUAUUUUGCUAUUGUACCGCUAGGAAAGAAAAAAAUUUGUUGAACUACCGAGAUCAGCUAUUUCUAAAUAUAGGGAUGGACAGUUUUUUAGCCCGCAAAGUGCAAACGAGGGAUAGAUGAGGUGAAUAUCAGCUUACGGAACGAAGGGCAUAAAAAUCAAUUACAUCCCUCCAAAACUUGAUGUUCAUCGCAGAAUAGUUGCGACAAUACUGAUAUUGUACACAAAUUAAAGAGAGGAAAUUUAGUUCAUAUCGGAAUCGUAAAAUUGUGUGAACAAAAAGUGGUACAAAUAUUUUACAGGUUUUAGAGAUUCGUAUUAAUAUUUGUUUUUAUUUACCUUUGUAUGGUAGAAAAUUCUAAUCACUGUUAGGAAAAAAGUAUAUAAGUUAUACUUGUAUCUAUUUUAUUCAAUAAGAAAACAACACAUUUUAAAACUUUACAAUACUAUAUUGUUGCUCCUAUUUUGUUCAAUUCAAUAGGGGUAUUCAGACCAGCCUUGUUAAUUCGUUAGUCGUUAUUCGGUAAUUUUUUACAUGUAUUUUGUUUUUGUAAAAUUAACAGACUAACGUUCUACCGAGUAACGAACUAUCCAUCUGGCAAGCUUGAUAAUUGUUUCGUUACUCAGUAAUAUCACAUCAGCUGUUCUCCUGCUCCUCUGUACAUCAAUUUAAAGUACUUACCAGUAAUAAAUUUGAUCUGCUCCACAUAAUUUUCAGUAAAAUGACCAACAAUUUUUGAUUUUGCACUUUGUUGAGGCAUUUUUACUCUUUAAUAAAGUUGAAUCAGCUGUUUCGGAAUAAAAUUUACCACACUACCAAGGUAGAGCAAAAAGCAUGUUCACAGUUAAGCCUUUUAACGAAGUAUCAACUAACGAAUUACCAAAUUAACAGGCUUCUGUCUGAAUACCCCUGUUUAAAUGAGUUAAGCACCCCCCCACUUUAGCCGGAAAAAGUAGCACACACUAAUACUUGACGACACCACACUCACAUACAAGGCAACUCACCACACUUGAACAUCCACCCACUCAGCAUAAGGGAUGGUCCCCUGAGCAGAUUCAACUCAUUCGCCAUACACACCUUUCGCCAACACAUUCGAUCUAUACAAGCCGCACAUUUACAUUCGUUUGAUACACGAUUCCAUACUGCGCCUGUCGACACCGUCUUUCGUUUUUUGUUUGCUUCGAUCGACAUCGUUCCACCCGCGCCGACUUGCAGCGAUCCAGCAUACUAAUUAAACUAUUGUUUUGUAAACAAAAUAUCAUUUUAAAUAAAUUGUGCAUUUUAAAUUCUCAAAGACAUCUUUUAUUUUUUAAAGACUCGCCCGAGUGUGAGUGCAAAUUGACACUUUAAGAUAGUACAGUGAUUUGUUUUAACCCAUAAAUUGGGUCAACAUUAAACAUGGUCCUUCGAGCCUCAAAGACAGGCACGAUAUUCUAACAGCCACAUAACUAAUAUCUGAAAUAAAUUCGUAAGAAAAAUAAGAACAGCUGAAAGAGUGGACUAAAUGCAAAAAACAAAAAGUGGAACAGUGCAGGGUAUACAUACAUACGUAUAAAUUUAUUUAAUUUAGUGGUACAUAAAUGUACAUACUUAGAUGCAGAUAUACAUAUGUUGCGGUGAACAAAAAAUAAAAAAAGGUGCAGUGAACCUAACAACAUAAUAUCAAAAGUCCAGUGGCGAACAAAAACAAACAAAAAAAAUUAUAAUAAUAUGUACAUACGUACAUACGAGUGCAUCCAGUAGAAACCCGAUUAUCCGAGUCAAAUAAAACCAGGUUGUGCAGUGCAAAAACAAAAAAGUGCAGUGAACAAGCAGAAAAAAAAACGAAAUACAAAACUGCAAAGAGCGAGCGCGAACUAUCAAACAGCUUAUGCAAAGAAAACAGCAACAAACAAACGCGAGUUGCGUCGUCAAACGACUCCACCACUGUCAAAAAACGACAAGUAUUUUUUAAGUAUUUUUUUUAUUCCUACAAAAUGUAAGUUGAAUCUUCAGAUUCAACUACAUACAUGCAUAAAUAUAUAAUAUGCAUAAACAAGCAUAUAUUUUAAAUUCCAAAUGAAAUCAAAUACCAUUGUUUUUAUUUGAUAUGUUUAUUUAAGUUAUGCCGGGUCGUUGAUGCUGAGGAAUGUCAAGUCAGCACAACGGCUUCAAGUAAAUGUAGCAAGUAAGAUUUGUAUAAAGAAUAAGAGAAUUAAUAAUAAACUGGACGGCAAGCCGCACUGUACGGUGAAACCGGAGUUUCAUUCAUUUAAAACAUUUUCUGUGCAUUCGCAGGAAAUCGUAAUUGGCGCAGUCGGCUUUUGUAAGAACCAAGUUUUUGUUUGACCGCGACCGAAAAUUGAACGCAAAUAAAUAUAUGAAAAAAAAAGGAUUAAAAGUAAAAAAUAAAUAUAGAAACAUUAAUAACUUUCCGUGAUAAAAUUGAAAGGUGAAACAAUUCUUCUUCAGCAAAUAAAAAUAUGAAAAAAAGCAUUAAAAGUAAUAAAUAAAUAUAGAAACAUUAAUAACUUUCCGUGAUCAAAUUGAAAGGUGAAACAAUUCUUAUUCAGCAAAUAAAAAUAUUUAAAAAAUAAAAAUUUAAAAAAAUAAGCAAGAAUUUGGAGUAAAAGUGAGGCAAGAAUAACAACAACAGGGGUAGCAGCAAACUCAACAAAAACAGCAACAACAUUAACAAUAACAACGACACCAGUAACAGUAACAACAAAACAACAACAAAACCAGCAGCACCAACAGCAAGGAAAAAUAAUAUUUAACUAAUAAUUUAAGUAGUAGUUUUAUUUGAAGUCAUUACUUUCUUUGUAAAAAAAAAAAAAAAAAAUAGUCAACGCAGAAAUUAUACUCACUAUAUGUUUCAAUCAAUUCAAAAACAAUAAAGUUAGAAAAAGAAACGAACAAACGAGAAAAGAAACAAGCUAACAGAGUUGCAAUUGUUUUAUAAUUUUUGUUGCAAAAAUAAAAUAAAAAUUAAAAAUAAAAAAUAUGGCAGAGCAAAUAGAAAUGCUAACUCGAUGCUUGGCAUCUUUAACACAGAUAGCUGCACAAAAUGCAGCAAUAAAUCAACUUACAAUUAGGCAAAGAGUCGAAAAAGACUUAAGAUAUGUAUCUCCCUUUGAAGGAAUUGUAAAAAAAUUGCCAUCUUUCAUUGAAGCAGUUGACAGGGUACGAAGGGACUAUGUAGGACAGGAAGAAAUAGUAUUCAGGGUUAUUUAUGAUUUGAAAAUUGGUGGAUCAGCAAAAAAUUUUUUGCAAAUAAACCCACCUGAAAAUUGGGAAAGUUGUAAAACUAAAUUAAGGCAACAUUAUAGACCUACAAAAAAUCAAUUAAUGAUCACGAAAGAAAUUUCGAUUCUGAAAGUAAAUAGUAUAGCUGAAUUAAGUAAAAGAUUAAACGAAAUCGUGGAUGACAUAACAGAAUAUAGUGCACUAAGCGAAAAUGGUGACACUAUGAGAGAAAUUUUUUCAGGGAUGCUAAUUCAGCGAAUAAAACAAUUAGCAUCAGGGACAUUCGCAUAUACAGUGCAAUCGGUCACAUCAUUAACGGAAAUGGCGAAUGAAAUUUAUAAAUUUAUUGGGUUGGAUGAAGGCAAUCUAAAUCCUUAUCUAAAAAAAGGGGGAAACAACUUUCAAGCUAAUACCAAAAAUAAUGGUGUUAAUAACAAAAAUUUUUAUUCAGGACAAUAUCGUUCACAAAAUCAAAAUCUUUCUGAACAACAGUAUCGUCCACAAUCCGGACAACGUCAAAUAAACCUUCAUCGACAACAAUCCAAUCAAACAAGACAGCCUCGAUGGCAAAAUCGUACAAACUAUUCAGAACAAGUUCGAACAAAUCCAAAUCAUUAUAAUUAUUCACAACAGCAAAGAAAUUCAGUAAAUAGUAGACAAAAAGUACAAAAUAGGGGACUAGAACCCAUGGACGUGGACACAAUGAGUAGGAGAGGUGAUCCACAAGAAUCAAACACGAACGAGGAGUUUUUUACAAAUUAGCCUCGAAAUCAUCAAACAAAAUUAUAAUAAUAUUAACAUUUUUUGAGAAAAAAUUUUAUGCUUUGGUCGACCCAGGUUCAACCAUAAGUAUAAUGAAGAAAUCGAGUUUCGAAAAAUUUAAAUUACCAGUGCUUGAAAGUGAAAGCACUUUGGUGAAUACUUUAAACGGGAUAAUUAAAACGCCAAAUGUUAAAGCCCUUGUCCCAAAGAAUUUAAAUACCCGGAAAACGCAAAAAUGAGAUGGUUAUUAAUGGAUUUUAAUAAACCAUAUGAUUUGUUAAUCGGAAAUGAUUUCCUUUUUAAAAAUGUUAAAACCAUUGAUAUCGAAAAAAUGACAAUAAUUUUGAAAAAUGGUGUGAAUCUUCCAUUCUAUAUGAAAACUAUGCAAGAGCAAGUUUAUUCAUUAGAUAUAAGUAAAGUAAAGAACAUCAACCUCGAUCAUUUAAAAUAAAAUGAGAAAAAGGAAAUCGAAAAAUUAUUAAAGCAUUUCAAUAAACUUAUCUAUAAAGAAGGGGACAAGCUCACAAAUGCAAAAGCAAUAGUUCAUGAAAUUAAAACAGUUACGGAUCAACAAAUAAACUCAAGAAUUUAUAGAUUACCUCC